GCUACUAAAAAUAGUGCUUUGCCUAUUUUAAAAUUGUGUAUAAAUGGGAACUUACUGUACCUGUCAUACAUCUUGCUAUUUUUGCUCAAUGUUGUGUUUUUGGUAUUAACCUUGUUAAUUUAGGAAUUGCAUGUUGAUCUAAGAAGUUAUUUUAGUUGCUGUGCAGUAGGUAUGCUAUUGUGUGACCAUUUCACAAUUAAUGUACCCAUUCUCCUGUCUUCAUUUUUUGUGUAUUAUAAACAAUUUUGCCAUGAAAACUUUGACUUGUCUUUCUGUAAAAAUGUGUGAAGUUUUUCUAGGCCAAAUACCUAGGAACAGAAUAGAGUAUGCAUGUCUUCGGCUUCCCUAGGUGCUGUGGAAUUGCUCUCCAACGGCCUCAUGCCAGUGCGAGCUCGUUCCUACAGGAUAUAAGUUCCCGUUGCUCUUUACCCUUUCUAACUCUUGGUAUUGGAAGUAUUUUUAGAUUUUGCUUAUUCAACAGGUAUGAGAUAAACUAUCACAGUUUGGAUGUAUAAAGAUAUGUCAAGUUGAGUAAAGAUGUUAGAGCAAAGACUGGAGAUUUUUUUUUUCGUUCUCCUCCUGUUCUAGCUGUAUUGUUCUAGCUAUAUUAUAGGGCAGAUUUGAGUUUCUGCUUGGGUAGAAUUAUCCUCAUCAAAGCCUACUUUGGCCCUAAUUAGUUUGCUAUACAUCCAUUGUACACAGAACACAUUAUGUACAUUUCUAAGGAAUUGAAGAGACAAGGUCCAAACUUAGAGAACCUAUGUUGGGGGUGCAUAGCAGGAGAUACUGGGGCCCAAUUUACAGUAGGUUCAUUGCACUGGCCAGUGAAUUCAGGGACCUUGCUCUCUAUAUCAGCAGAGAUUGCUGCCUGUGUGGUUUUUUGGUUUUUUGUUUUGUUUGCUUUUUGUUUGUUUGUUUGUUUGAGACAGAAUCUUGCUCUGUCUGCAAGCUGGAGUGCAGUGGCACGAUCUAGGCUCACUGCAACCUCCAUCUCCCGAGUUCAAUCAAUUGUCCUGCCUCAGCCUCCUGAGUAGCUGGGACUAUAGGCGUGCGCCACCACGCCCAGCUAAUUUUUGUAUGUUUAGUAGAGAUGGGGUUUCACCAUGUUGGCCAGGAUGGUCUCAAUUUCUUGAGCUGGUGAUCCGCUAGCCUCGGCCUCCUAAAUUACUGGGAUUACAGGCGUGAGCCACCGCGCCCGGCCGCUUUUUGGGUUUUAAUGUCCAUAAAAUGAGAGAUUGCAUUAGUCAUUCCUUCUUCAAGUGCAGAUUUUCUUUUCUGCUUUCAAAAUUCCAUGCUUCUAAGUGGCAUUGACCCUUGGGGCUUUAAAAUGUCUUAAAAAUCGCUAAUACUUAAUUGGUAUUGAGAACAGAGGAACUUAAUGCAGGAGCCACCACUAAGUGAAGAGCAGUUAAAAAAUGCUAAGAAGUCACCUUCAAAAUUCUAAUCUAAUUAAAAUUAUGUAAAGAAAGACCACCAUCACUCAUGUAUAAAGAUGACAGGGAAAAAUUACAAUGAAUAGACUGUGGGUGAUUAUUCCCCUCAUUGCCCUAUUUUUCUGUUUUCCAAAUCUUUUUUAAUGGUCAUGGAGUAAUAUUCUUGGAAUAAAAUAAUAAGCAUAUGCAAACAAUUAUAAGCUCAUUUGGUAGGAAAAUAAGAAUGUGAUUUACACAAAACAUGUGCUGGGCAAAGGGGAGAACACCUGUAUAUGAAAAAUGAUUUGUAAUGAUUUUGUAAAUAAUCCUAUAAUCCUUCCUUGGGUUAAGGGUUGGUGGAUGAUAAGUGUUUUUCUUUAGGUUUUGCUGCUGGACAGAUCCAGGGAAGAUGGAAGACAAGUACACUGGCAUCUUACCUAAAAGCAGUGGCACAGCAGAUGGUAGAACAAUUUGAGCUUCGCUCAUUGGAUUUUAAGACCAAAAGAAAAGGCAGAACUAAAGAGAUUUUAUUCAUUAGGUCACGUAGAUAUUCCUAUUCCAAAGGCAUAUGACAAAUCCUUCAGAGUUGAAGUAAUCAUAAUGCCUACCAUAUAUUAAGCAUUAAAUAUACAUAUAUUUUUCAAUUCUGGAAUAGCUGUGAAUGUGGGAAUAACUGUACUGACUGACAGGGGAGAGAUCAGAUAGUUUAAGAAACUUGCCCCAUAUGCACAGCUCAUCAGUGGUGCUGCCUGGACUCAGCCACCAUCUGUUUCACUCUGCUGGGGCAUACAUGUAUGUGUACCCUUGCCCUGGCAAACUCUUCCUUUUGUAGAGCUGAAGGCAGCCCCCUGCAACUUUCCUAUGUAUUUAUUCUCAUCCUGCCCUCCUGAGCACCCAGCCUUAGAAGUCUGCUCCCUCUUUCACACAACAGCCCUUCCGAUCUUCAAAGAAGGCUAUCGUAUCAAUUUCUCCACUUCUCCCCUCUUCGGUCUGUCAUCUUGAAAAAGCUCAGAGAGGUGUUUUUAUUCACAGAUGCCUUGAGAAAUUUCAUGGUUUUUAGACUCAUGCUGAGUUUGUCCAGAUGUGCCAAUAUUUGUCUUAUAUGAUACAAAUUAAUUGUCCAGAAGAGGAAUAAACCUUUGUAGACACUCACUAAUGCAAACCAGUUCCUUUGAGUAUUGAUGGAAGGAAAAACACUAAAAAAUGAAACAGAUCAUUUUCACUGGGAGAGUGUAGUUGUUGAAUUCACAUUCUACUUUUAGGACAAAUCUGUAGCAUGACAGUUCAGUCUUACCACAUGUAUUAACCAUGGGAAACCUAGGGUGACAUUUGUAAUAGAGUCCUGCUUUUCUGUAAGGACUUUAUACAGAUGGAGAAAGUAUGAUACUCUUACAUUUUAUUACCAAGUUCUGUGGCCCAGGGUUUACAGCAUAAGGUGGCAAAUAAUUUAGCUCCCCUCAGAUUUGGAAGAGUAACUGUUAUUAUUAUAAGUAAGAUUUAAACUUAGGGACAGGUACAUACUCUUUAAGGAGAGUUCUAAGACUGAGGUGUUGUAUCAUUAUCAGUACCUGGCAUAAAUAUAUGUAUCUGAGUUCUCUUUGAGAAUCAUAAGGGAAAAGAUGUCUAAUAUGAUUUAAUCUCAAGACACUAACAAUGAUUACACCUAUCCCCUGCUCCCAGCAUCAUAGUCACCAACUGUGGCAACAGCUGCUGCUAAUGUUUUUUGAACUCCUGUGGUAUGCCUGGUGAUGUACUUUAUAUCAGCUAGCUCAUUCUCAAAACUUGAGAACACACUACAUAUACCAUAGUAAGUACUAUUGUUAGCCUCGUUUUAUAGAUGAAAAAACUGAGAGGUUAAGUAUUCUGCCCAAGAUCAUAUAUAGGUUGGGUAUCCCUAAUCUGAGAAUCCAAAACCCAAAAUGCACCAAAAUCUGAAACGUUUUGCAUGCCAACAUGAUGCUCAAAGGUGCUGCUUGGAGCAUUCAGAUUUUGGAUUUUUGGAUUAGGAAUGCUCAGCUGAUAUGAACACAUAUAUUCCAGAAUCUUGAAGACAUCUGAAACAUUUUGAUCUCAAGCAUUUUGGGUAAGGGAUACUCAACCUGUAUCUUGUAUAUAGUAGAGUGAGAGUCUAGCUUAUGCUUUGCUCUUAUAUCUUGUUUCUUUCUUCAGCAAAAUAGUCUGUAAAUUGAACAUUAAACAGUGCACUGGGGACACAGUAAGGAAUCUUUCAUUACCAAUGGAGCAUGAAUGAAAGUUUCCAAAUAUGAGGUUUCCUUAGUGAAACACUAUUUUUAGGAAAAACUAUUAAACCAAGGCUUAUGAUAAAGGAUCAUUCCACAUCCAAAUAUACCUCUCCUGUAUUAGCAUAAUUCUCUACUAAAAUCGCAGCUGAAGUUCAUUCACUCUAAGAGAUGGAUAAAAACCAUACGGUUUCAUGUAAAGAUCACCAGCUUCCCAGAACUAGGAUGAAGGGAAUUUUAACUAAUGCUGCUGUGACUGUGGCCUAGCCUCUUACUCUUUCUGGAUCUCAGUGGGCCCAUCUGUAGAAUGUGAGCAUUGGCCUCUGUGAUAAUGAAUGUUCCUUCUAGCUUUGUAUAUUGCAUAGUGCAUGACUGCUAGCUUCAGGAAAAAUAAAACGUUUUCAGUGGAAAUAUCAGAUCACCAACCUGAUUCCAAUGAAUUUUUUUUUAUUCACUGAGGUUUUCUGUCAUAUAAAAAUAUGUGACGUAUUACUGCUCUGCUGCCCAUCUAUUUAAGGCAUUCCUCAAUAGACUUGUCAGGGCUUAUCUAAAUCUUAGCACCACUUAUGUGUGGCUGAUUGCUUGGCAGGAGGAGGUUCCUGCAUUUUCUUCCUCCUGUGUAUUAGUGAAUUGAAAUCAAGGGAAAAACUGCUUGGCUUUCUGCUUCCUUCCAUGAAACAGAGCUGUCAAUCAGUGCUGAAUUAGUGCCUACCUCAUCAUGGAACAUCUCAAGUGAACUCAACAAAGAUUCUUACCUGACCCUUGAUGAACCAAUGAAUAACAUCACCACGUCCCUGGGCCAGACAGCAGAACUGCACUGCAAAGUCUCUGGGAAUCCACCUCCCACCAUCCGCUGGUUCAAAAAUGAUGCUCCUGUGGUCCAGGAGCCCCGGAGGCUCUCCUUUCGGUCCACCAUCUAUGGCUCUCGGCUGCGUAUUAGAAACCUCGACACCACAGACACAGGCUACUUCCAGUGCGUGGCAACAAACGGCAAGGAGGUGGUUUCUUCCACUGGAGUCUUGUUUGUCAAGUUUGGCCCCCCUCCCACUGCAAGUCCAGGAUACUCAGAUGAGUAUGAAGAAGAUGGAUUCUGUCAGCCAUACAGAGGGAUUGCAUGUGCAAGAUUUAUUGGCAACCGCACCGUCUAUAUGGAGUCUUUGCACAUGCAAGGGGAAAUAGAAAAUCAGAUCACAGCUGCCUUCACUAUGAUUGGCACUUCCAGUCACUUAUCUGAUAAGUGUUCUCAGUUCGCCAUUCCUUCCCUGUGCCACUAUGCCUUCCCGUACUGCGAUGAAACUUCAUCCGUCCCAAAGCCCCGUGACUUGUGUCGUGAUGAAUGUGAAAUCCUGGAGAAUGUCCUGUGUCAAACAGAGUACAUUUUUGCAAGAUCAAAUCCCAUGAUUCUGAUGAGGCUGAAACUGCCAAACUGUGAAGAUCUUCCCCAGCCAGAGAGCCCAGAAGCUGCGAACUGUAUCCGGAUUGGAAUUCCCAUGGCAGAUCCUAUAAAUAAAAAUCACAAGUGUUAUAACAGCACAGGUGUGGACUACCGGGGGACCGUCAGUGUGACCAAAUCAGGGCGCCAGUGCCAGCCAUGGAAUUCCCAGUAUCCCCACACACACACUUUCACCGCCCUUCGGUUCCCAGAGCUGAAUGGAGGCCAUUCCUACUGCCGCAACCCAGGGAAUCAGAAGGAAGCUCCCUGGUGCUUCACCUUGGAUGAAAACUUUAAGUCUGAUCUGUGUGACAUCCCAGCUUGCGAUUCAAAGGAUUCCAAGGAGAAGAAUAAAAUGGAAAUCCUGUACAUACUAGUGCCAAGUGUGGCCAUUCCACUGGCCAUUGCUUUACUCUUCUUCUUCAUUUGCGUCUGUCGGAAUAACCAGAAGUCAUCGUCAGCACCAGUCCAGAGGCAACCAAAACACGUCAGAGGUCAAAAUGUAGAGAUGUCAAUGCUGAAUGCAUAUAAACCCAAGAGCAAGGCUAAAGAGCUGCCUCUUUCUGCUGUACGCUUUAUGGAAGAAUUGGGUGAGUGUGCCUUUGGAAAAAUCUAUAAAGGCCAUCUCUAUCUCCCAGGCAUGGACCAUGCUCAGCUGGUUGCUAUCAAGACCUUGAAAGACUAUAACAACCCCCAGCAAUGGACAGAAUUUCAACAAGAAGCCUCCCUAAUGGCAGAACUGCACCACCCCAAUAUUGUCUGCCUUCUGGGUGCCGUCACUCAGGAACAACCUGUGUGCAUGCUUUUUGAGUAUAUUAAUCAGGGGGAUCUCCAUGAGUUCCUCAUCAUGCGAUCCCCACACUCUGAUGUUGGCUGCAGCAGUGAUGAAGAUGGGACUGUGAAAUCCAGCCUGGACCACGGAGAUUUUCUGCACAUUGCAAUUCAGAUUGCAGCUGGCAUGGAAUACCUGUCUAGUCACUUCUUUGUCCACAAGGACCUUGCAGCUCGCAAUAUUUUAAUCGGAGAGCAACUUCAUGUAAAGAUUUCAGACUUGGGGCUUUCCAGAGAAAUUUACUCCGCUGAUUACUACAGGGUCCAGAGUAAGUCCUUGCUGCCCAUUCGCUGGAUGCCCCCUGAAGCCAUCAUGUAUGGCAAAUUCUCUUCUGAAUCAGAUAUCUGGUCCUUUGGGGUUGUCUUGUGGGAGAUUUUCAGUUUUGGACUCCAGCCAUAUUAUGGAUUCAGUAACCAGGAAGUGAUUGAGAUGGUGAGAAAACGGCAGCUCUUACCAUGCUCUGAAGACUGCCCACCCAGAAUGUACAGCCUCAUGACAGAGUGCUGGAAUGAGAUUCCUUCCAGGAGACCAAGAUUUAAAGAUAUUCACGUCCGGCUUCGGUCCUGGGAGGGACUCUCAAGUCACACAAGCUCUACUACUCCUUCAGGGGGAAAUGCCACCACACAGACAACCUCCCUCAGUGCCAGCCCAGUGAGUAAUCUCAGUAACCCCAGAUAUCCUAAUUACAUGUUCCCGAGCCAGGGUAUUACACCACAGGGCCAGAUUGCUGGUUUCAUUGGCCCGCCAAUACCUCAGAACCAGCGAUUCAUUCCCAUCAAUGGAUACCCAAUACCUCCUGGAUAUGCAGCGUUUCCAGCUGCCCACUACCAGCCAACAGGUCCUCCCAGAGUGAUUCAGCACUGCCCGCCUCCCAAAAGUCGGUCCCCAAGCAGUGCCAGUGGGUCGACUAGCACUGGCCAUGUGACUAGCUUGCCCUCAUCAGGAUCCAAUCAGGAAGCAAAUAUUCCUUUACUACCACACAUGUCAAUUCCAAAUCAUCCUGGUGGAAUGGGUAUCACUGUUUUUGGCAACAAAUCUCAAAAACCCUACAAAAUUGACUCAAAGCAAGCAUCUUUACUAGGAGACACCAAUAUUCAUGGACACACCGAAUCUAUGAUUUCUGCAGAACUGUAAAAUGCACAACUUUUGUAAAUGUGGUAUACAGGACAAACUAGACGGCCGUAGAAAAGAUUUAUAUUCAAAUGUUUUUAUUAAAGUAAGGUUCUCAUUUAGCAGACAUCGCAACAAGUACCUUCUGUGAAGUUUGACUGUGUCUUACCAAGCAGGACAGACACUCAGCCAGGAAAAAAAAAAAAAAAACAAGCAAACAAAAACAUUGUGGGAUGUGCACUCCAUUGGAGUGCAUGACAUGGCAUUGGGAUUGGAACAUGUGGUUUCGAGCACUGAAAGCUGCAAACCAGUGAAGAGGAAAAGAACCUUGUGAUUAAAUAUAAAACCAAAAGUCAAAUGGUGCUUUGUGUUUUAGCCUUCAGUCACCAUGACUGGUCUCUACCCCAGAUGUAUAUAUACCAUAGCAUUUGUCUACCUGCUGUCUUUUCUUCAGGACAGAUGUUCAGGAAUUAUAUUGAUUGAAUUUAGACUCUGUGCAUGUUCUUAUGGAAAUGAUGUUCAGAAUCCAUGAAGAAACUUCAGGCCAAAUUUGAAACCCUGGAGGGAAAUGAGCCAUAAGAGAAGUAUAACAAGCCCUGAAGCCUUCUAUGUCGUUGUGCUUCUUUGGGAAGGUGUAGAGUGUGCCUUUUUGUGAAUCCUCCUCUGAUCAUGAGGGCCUUUCCCACAGUUUCUCACAGUGUGUUUACACUGCCCUUGGAAUAACACAGCGCAUCAGACCAUAAGAAGGCUAGAUGUGGAUGCUAGAAUUGAUUGUUGGUUGAUAGUUCUCUUUGCUGGAUUAGGAAUGAGGCGCCAAAGGAAGCACAGCCAGGAAAAUGGCCCCACAGCCUAGAUCAGCAUCUGUGGGAAAGGAAAAAGCGUUCCCAUGGGGACAGCCCCCAUAGGAGUUUUCUGGAACCAGUAACACUGAAAAAUAAGUGUGUGGCUACAGAUGAGCACGCCUACCCCUUGCAACUCCCUGUUUACAAGUUGUCCGAGGCAUUGGAGUGCUUAUGGUCAAUGGGCUCUAGGAAAGUAGGAAACUCCAUCAUGAUACAAAUGUCUAGUAGUUUUAAAGUUUCUCUCCCUUUUUUUCUGUGCUGGAAAUGUUCACAGAUUUGAUUCCCGCCCCAAGAAUUACAACAAUGUAUUCAUACAGUCAGUUGGAAUCCAAAGGCAAUUAAUUCUAUUUUGCAAAAUAUGAUGGUCUUCCUAAAAAACAAGUACUGAGUUCUCAUUUCAAAAGUUACCAAGAACUGAAUUCUUUAAACUAGCAAACCGAAGUAACAUGACCAUUUUUGCCUUAGUGGGAGGUUUCAAAUGUGCAGCUCAUGGCAUUUACCUGCCGACCAUCUUUGGCCAAGUUUAGAAUUCUUAUGCGUUUCAAGUUCUAUAUAGAAAGUAAUUUUACUUUUGAUUUUUCUCUUGUUAAAAAAAAAACUCCUUUAUUCUAAGAACAAUGUCUCAAAGUCUCAUUUUUACUUUAAAGGUAUAAGAGACUUGUAAAGAGACUUACAGGAUAUAAAAGUAAUUCCUGGAAAUGAUAUUCGAUGAGGAGAAUGUAAGAGAAUGAAAAACACAUUGAUGUUUUCAUUUUUAAAAAAUACAACUAGCAUGAGAAAUCAAGAAAAUAUGUUUACCAAAAUGCAUUGCAAUUUUCCCAAACCUGAGUCUUCAAAUAACAAACAUGAACUUACAGGUACUGUGAACUCGAAGAAUUGGUUAUAUCCAGAUUUCUGGGAGAUAAAUUAAAACAUAUUUUUGUGGCAUAAAUAAGCUGAUUCAGAAGUUACAUUUCUUAACUUUAGGUAGAGGAGAAUAUUUGUAUCCUUUUGUUGCUAUGCAACUGUUUAAUGAUGAAGCUUCAAACCACAAUUUUGUAUAUCAUAUGACAAUCAAUUGUUUUCCAAGAAUAUUUAUUAUUUUAAGUACACAAUUUCAGUGAAUCUGAGUUUUUCUAGGAGUCCCUUAAAGGGAAAUUAGCAUUCCAUGAGCCAGUAAAAUACCUACUCUGGUAAAACAUUAUUAUGGUUAAAAAGUAAAUUCAAGUUAGUUUUUUAUAAAGAACUAUAACAUUUAUUUUAAACAUUUUAUAAUAACUGAAAACAUUAAAGUGAGCAAAUGAAAUUUCAAAACCACUUGUAAUAAUGUAUUUUAUAAUCGCACUGUGAUACUAUAUAACACAGUCUCUUUUGUAUUAAAAUAGUAUUUUUUUCACAAACUGAAAAAUAUCUUUUCCUUUGUUGACAAUGUUUUGUAAGAUGACUUUAUUUUCAGAUCUUUUUCUCCUUUUUUGCACAAAACUAUACUUAUGGUUUGUGUCACAGAAGUGAAAAUAUAUCUUUGCAUUUUUAUAUCUGGUCUGUUUUUCUUGUUUCCUUUGUUUUUAACUUGAUAUAGAUUUUCUUCAAAUAUAUAAUGGCAAUUUUCAGAUAUCUCACCUUACCAUAUCUUUCCUUAUUUUCACUGCAUGCAUUUAAUCACUGUAUUACUUAAUGUUUGGUUUGUUAUUAUGGGCAUUUCAAAUAGACAAGCAUUGAAUUGUAAUGACAAAAAGGCUAUUUUAUAUUAAGGAUAUAUGCAUUUGUAUUUCACACACCAGAGAUGAUAUUAAACACUGAUUAUUUUA